UAGAUAUAGAUAUAGACAUAUAUACGUACAGUUGCUGUCCUCUUCGUUUCACUUUCUACAUCUCUGUUUCUCUCUCUUCGCCCAGAGAAAGAAAUCAAACAAAAUCAAAGGAGAUCACCCAGAAUCAAGGGCGACUUAGAUUGGACAUGAAACUGCAUCGAAUUUAGUUUAUUUCUGGCUUUGCCUUUUUCCCCAUAUUCUUUUCCGAAACCCUGAUUUCUCCGAUACUGUUGAAGCCCGAUCUGAUUUGCUUCCGGCGGUUUGAUUCGGGUGGAGGGAUUUUUAUCUCUCAAGCAAAAAUUCGAGUUUUGCGCUGCCACUUGAAUUGAGUUAUAAAGUCUGAUUUACCCUGAUUCGAGGUGCUGCCAGUUCUUAGUAAUCUGCUUUUAUUGUUGGUUCAUCCUGUUUGUGCUCUCUUGCCGCUGCAUUCUGUGUAAUCGAUCUCUUUUUGGUCUUGAAGGAGGUUUCUCAGUUUGCAUUCAUUGGCUAGCAGAAUUUUGGAUGAUUAAAUAAGCUUUUCUAUUGUACAUAGCACAACUUCCUAUCAACUAUCUACUCCUGAGGCAUGUCGGCUGUUGAUGUAUCAAAAUAUGAACAUAGUCCUGUCCAUAAGGCCAUAAUAUUGAAGGACUAUACUGGCCUCAGGAGAAUCAUAUCUGGCCUUCCUCGACUUUGUGAUCCAUCUGAGAUCCAUUCAGAAUCAGUAUCACUUGAUGAAGAGGCUAAGGCUGAUGCAAUAUCUGCUGCAAUUGAUCGUCGAGAUGUUCCUAACCGAGAUACUCCCCUUCAUUUGGCUGUUAAAUUUGGUGAUGAGACAGCGGCAGAGAUGCUCAUGCUCGCCGGAGCAGAUUGGAGCUUGCAGAAUGAACAGGGUUGGAGUGCAUUACAGGAAGCAAUAUGUAGUAGGGAAGAAGGAAUUGCGAAGAUUAUAGUUAGGCAUUAUCAACCUGUUGCUUGGGCUAAAUGGUGCAGAAGACUGCCUCGGUUAAUUGGGACAAUGAGAAGGAUGAGAGAUUUUUAUAUGGAGAUAACUUUUCAUUUUGAGAGCUCAGUCAUCCCUUUCAUUUCAAGAAUUGCACCAUCCGACACUUACAAAAUCUGGAAGAGAGGUUCUAAUUUGAGGGCAGAUAUGACUUUGGCUGGUUUUGAUGGUUUUAGAAUACAACGUUCAGACCAGAGCAUACUGUUCCUUGGCGAUGGAUCUGAGGAUGGUCAAGUUCCCCCAGGAUCCCUUUGCAUGAUUUCACACAAGGAUAAGGAGAUAAUGAAUGCAUUAGAUGGUGCGGGUGCACCAGCAUCGGAGGCAGAAGUUCAGCAAGAAGUUACUGCAAUGUCUCAGACCAAUAUAUUCAGGCCUGGCAUUGAUGUAACUCAGGCAGUUCUUUUACCUCAAACUACAUGGAGAAGACAGGAGAAGACAGAAAUGGUGGGUCCUUGGAAGGCUAAAGUUUAUGAUAUGCAUAAUGUGGUCGUCAGCAUUAAAUCAAGGAGAGUCCCUGGGGCUAUGACGGAUGAUGAACUCUUUAAUUCUUGCAAUGAAAAUGAAACGGACAAUGAGCUUGAAAAUAUUCUGACUGAGGAAGAGCGGAAGCAACUUGAGGUUGCUCUUAAAAUGGAUUCAUCAGAUGCAAGCAAUGAAAAUGAUGAUGUCGGUAUUACACAUCGUCAUAGUUGUUAUGACCAAAGGGAUGUGCCCAUUGAGAGUGUAAACGGUUGUAGGAAUGGAGGACUUAAGCAGGAAAAGAAAGGAUGGUUCAAUAGUUGGAGGAGACGGGAAAGUAAACCAGAAAAUGAUAAAAAGAUUGCUCCUCCUAGAAGUUCAUUGUGUGUGGAUGAAAAAGUAAGCGAUCUGCUUCAGGACGCCUCCAGUAGUCCGAAUAAUAAACCAGGACGGCACUCCGUGGAGGUGGUUGGGAAACAGGAUGGGCAUUGGAGAGGAAGAGAUGCUAAAGCUUCUUCAUCAUCAAAUGCUGAGAGUGGAAAUAGGCGGAAAGAUGGAAAUAGGGAAAAGGAGAACGAGUAUAAGAAAGGGCUGAGGCCUAUCCUUUGGCUUUCGCCAGAUUUUCCUUUACGAACUGAAGAACUCCUUCCAUUGCUUGACAUUUUAGCAAAUAAAGUUAAAGCUGUGCGUCGAUUAAGGGAGCUAUUUACUACAAAGUUACCCAAAGGAACCUUCCCUGUCAAGGUUGCUAUUCCAGUGGUUCCCACUAUUCGAGUGAUUGUUACAUUUACAAAAUUUGAAGAGCUUCAGCCACUGGACGAGUUCUCCACGCCCCCCUCAAGUCCAUCUGCUGUGGACAAAGAGAGCACUGUUAUGAUGCAGUCGUCAAGUUCAUCUUGGUUCCAGUGGAUAAAAGCCCCCUAUCAACGCCAGAGUUCAGCUGCAGCUUCCUCCAGCAGCAGGAUUGAUAAUAUUCAAGAUCCAUUUGCAAUUCCUUCUGAUUAUUCAUGGAUUACUGCUGAAGCUAAGAAAAAGAAAAUGCAGGAAAAGAGCAAAUCUAAGAAAUUGAAGAACCCAAAGUAAGUAUUGGGAAAAUAUGCGCAUGUGUAUUGUUGUUCUCUACUUCAUAUGAAUUAGUGAGCGAGCUAGCGAGCUGCUGUCAACUUCCAAAGACUAGCAGCGGAAGCAGCAGCAGCAGUUUAUUUGAGAUAAGAACAUUAUUGAGAGAGGGAGGGGGUAAAAAUAGUUUGAAAAAAAUUCUAUGCUGGUAUAUCAAUCAAUCAAUCAUUGUGGGGGGUUCAUAGAACAAUGGAUUGGUAAAAUGUUAUAUUUUUGUAACCAUUGCAAGUUUGACCUGUGUUUUACAUGGAAUGACUAUGACUUGAUUCUAAGUUGCUUGUCUGUUGGUGGUGGUGUUUUUGGCUUUCUUUAACUCCUAGCUGUAUCUGGUCUUGUAUCUAAGUAUGAAUGUGUAUAUUCGUUAAACUAGUGUUAGUGUGGUCGAGUCAGAGUGUCGUACGUAUCUGUUGAAAUGGUAUAUUGCAAUUCAACAAGGCCAGCAGCUGUUUCUUGUGUAUAGUAUAGUAUAGUAUAGUAUAGUAUAGUUGACUAUUGAAUGAAUACGUCGUGUAUGAUGUGGUGCUUUUGGUUUCUGUUUUCGAUUUGGUCUCGGUGCACCAUAACCU